CUGACAGCCGCGAGAUAAGACCGAACCAGUGCCAGUCUCCGUCUCUUACUGUCGCGAUCACCAGAAAUUUAGAAUCGGCAACCGAAAACGUGUCGCGAGUCUCAACGUCAACAAGACAAAAUCGAGUAUCAGUAUCGUGUCGCGUGUCGCUCGCAAUGUACAAGAGAACUGACAGGAGAACUGGGACCAGGUGUGACAUGACAGUGAAUCAAGGACCCUGAUCUGAUUAUGUGCAUGACAAAUUAAAGCAGUGCAGUGACCCUUUCCCUCAAAUAUUGUCGCGUUCACCUUGUGAUUAAGUUGUUAAGCUUCGCGAGACGAAAGUCUCAAUCACGGCAGCAAAAUUGAGCUGGAUUUGCACCAACGGGCCGCCGGCCACUUUAUGAGAGCCGGCGGCAACAUGUGCGACGGCUCCUUCACGGAGACCCUGCGUAGUAUGCAGGGCAUGACGGGAGCAUCGCCACCGGGUGGUGCCGGUGUCGGUGUCGGUCCUAUGGGGGUCGGCCUCAACAGCCCGCUCGGCCCGGGUGGCAAGAAAGUGCAAGUCGAGCACAUUAAACGGCCCAUGAACGCCUUCAUGGUCUGGUCACGGCUACAGCGACGGAAGAUUGCUCAAGAAAAUCCCAAGAUGCACAACAGCGAGAUCUCCAAACGGCUCGGUGCAGAAUGGAAGCUUCUUACGGAAGAUGAAAAACGCCCGUUCAUCGACCAGGCCAAGAGGUUACGCGCCCAACACAUGAAGGAACAUCCAGAUUACAAGUACAGACCGCGAAGAAAACCCAAGACUCUGCGGAAAGAAGGAUAUCCUUACAGUAUUCCAUACCCAAGUGUUCCCAUGGACGCUCUUCGAGCCGGGAUGGCCGGUAGCAUGGGACAAGCUGGGAUGGGCACCUAUUACGGCCCUGCUUACGGUUCCCUCUCUGCGGCCAGCAUGGCUGCGGCCGCCGCAGCGGCAGCACAACAAUCGGCGGCCAUGUCUGGUCUUGGAGCACCUGCUCAGGUGGUGAGCUCGAUGGACGCUAUGAAGUACUCCAUGGAAGCUGACAAGUAUCGCGCCGCCUACAUGCCGCCCAGCACCCUGGCGAUGAGUAUGUAUCCGGAUACCAAGUACCUGGACUCCAAUCCCAAGACCUAUUUGGAUCGAAGCUACCUGGACUCGGCGAAGGCGUACUUCGAACAGUCGAAACUCUAUAUGGAUCAAAAACCGGCCAUCGCUGAUUACAAUCGAUCGAGUUACGAGCCCAACAAGCUCUACGAGGAAUCCAGCCCGGGUAGCGUCGUCGGUGGGAACGGACCCGCGAGAUCGCCAGCCGCCGAGUCGCCGGACACGAGCAAGCAACACGAGAGGACCGAGCAGGGCUCGUCCAGCGCAAGCUCGACGUCGACGUCAUCGGCCGCGAGUCCCGGUGCGACCCUGCCCGCUUACUAUCCCGGACCGGUCCAGGCCGGCGGUCUUCUGGGCCCGCAGAUGGGCCAGUACGGCGGAUACCAGACAGCACCCGCGCCGGGAAACGAAUCCUUUCGCCGGCCGUUGACGGUCAUCUUCUGACCCGACAGAGCGUAGCUCUGAUCUAUCCUCGACGAGCAGCUGCUAUAACGCCUGACUCGCGACGGCUGGAUCGCGACGGCUAACGCAGAUUUCGCGAAUUUGACGAGGCGAGAUGAAGAGGUACUAUGAAUCGCGCCAAUCGGAAAAAAAUGUUAUCGUCUAAGUCGAAGUCGAGAUUUCGAUGUAACUUCAAGAGGAACAUGGGAUCUGGUCUCCCUGUAUCGUCCAACGCGGAAACGAGAGUGAAACGUUAUGUGAGAGUUAUUAGAAAAACUUUAUUCUCUUCUCGAAAUAAGCUUGCCUUUAUUUUACUGGAUGGAUUUUCGCGAUGUCACCAUUUCCUCAUCAUAAUAGCUAAUCACGGAUCUUACCAGACUUGCAAUGAUGAAAUCUUUUUCUGAAGAGUACUCCCAAUUUUAGAAGAAUUCUCUAAUAAUCUAAAAGAUUCUAGCAAUAUUAAAGUGAGUUCAGUGCUAUUGAUAAAUGAAGAUCUUAUGAACCAGUUAAAUAAAAGUUGGAGAAGCUGUGAAAGAAGAGUAGGAUCAUUAAUCAAAUGAAGAGAUAUUUAAUCUUCAAAAAAUCCUCAGAAAACGUUGUUGAUUCAACAAUCUGACGCCGUUCAAAACGCUCGAUCCAGAAUUUUAUCGAGCGAUAAGGAAGAAUUAGAUCAUUUCCCGGUCGGAUAUAAUCGCAUCUCGCUUUAGCAGCGAGAUUGAAACUGACCAACGGAAUGACCAACUGACCUAUUCCAAGAAGCAAAGGACGGAUUAACGAUGAUAACGUCGUUACGAAUGACAACGAAGACCGGGAGGGGUUUCCGCUGUGUCGUUAACAGACUAGUCUUAACAGAGAUCGCGUUGUUAAGAACACACAUUGUACAUAGUCCCUGUGUAAAUAGUGUAGCAAAAACUUGGCUUUUCCGGAUAUCCGCACGCGAAUCCGCUUUCUUACGGUCUCCAUCCUCGCGCAUGAGCGUAGCUCUCGACGAAGAAAGCAGUACAAAUAGAAGAUCAUGUGCAUGCAUGAUGUCCGAAACCUGUCGCGAGUGGUUCGAUCUCGUUGGAACGACGUAAGCAUCCUCUUUGUUUUCCUUCUUUUUCAACUCACACAACUGAUUACAAAGAUAUAUUCACUCUGUAUAAUAUUAAAUAAUAUUAUAUAAUGUUAUAUAAUAUUAUAUAGCCCAAGCUGAGAGAGUUGUGCGGGUUUGAUUAAUGAUAGGAAAGGUUUCAUACCUCUUAGAAUCUUAAAAAUUACUUUUAUAAAGUAAUACCUUAUGGCUGAGAGAUUGAAAGUAAAUUUCAUCGUCGGUAAUUUUUUAUUAAUUACUAAAAAUAAAUUGUUAAAAAGGAGUCAAUGUCAUUAGUUAUGUGAGUUGAAAAUUUCGAUAUUUCUCGAAUAAAACUUUUUUAUAUAAAAAAUUCUAUUUAACUUUUAUCUUUUAUAAGUGCGUUUUAUUUUAUUCUCGUGGAGAAAUUAAUUAUUAUUGUUGCGUCAUAAAUGUAGCCUAUAAAUGUUUAUCUGAGAUAAUAACAUUUGAAUUAAACGCCGUUUAUUUGUGUCGUUUAUUUGAGUAUCAUGUGAGAUUCUUCUUGCGCAUCGCGAUAAUAACUCAUGGUAUCUUCGUUUUAUUGAAUAAUAAGUAAUGUUUUCAUUGCAAUGAACAAUGCUAAGAACAAUGAUGUAUCGAUAAAAAUAUAUAUUUAUUAUUAAUCUUUUCCAGUUAGUUAUCUUGCAUUGUUUUUCUUUUUCAUGGAGAUACUGUAAAAACGUCCAUUUUAUCACGCGCAUUUCAUGGAUUUUUAAUUAAAAAUAAGUAAUUGAUAUAUAUAUAUAUAUAUAUAUAUAUAUAUAUAUGUAUUUUAAAAGAGUAAUUAAUUAUAAUUCUUGUUAAUUUAUUGACUGACAGAAAUACGCGAUUAUAUUUCUGUCUUGGUAACUGUUGGUUAUUUUCGGUCUAUUUUCGCUUUACGGUGUCGAUCAAAUCGAUUUUGCGAGGGGGAAAAUAAGCUGCGGAAAAUAUCUCGUUCUCAAAGAGCGGGACCUUCCUGCUAUACGACGUGUAACCUUUGUAUUCGUAUCGUUACGAUGAACCUUAAGCUGUAUCGAUUAUCCGCGUAUAAUAUUACAAGCGACACAAAAAGUAAGCUAUAAAUAUUGUACCGUAAAUGAGAAAUAAACGUUAAAUAUUAUCCU